UCGAUCCGAAUUUGGCCUCGAAUCGACUCUGCGAAACCAUCGACUGAUCGGGUCUGGCCAGUCACGUGACUAGGCCACCACCACCACCAUCGCCGCCACUCAUUCUGAACGACUGCACGUUGCGUUGACUCAUGCGAACUAACUUAACUUGACAGUAAUCAUUACUGCCGUCAUUUAAAAAGGUUUUCGUUCGUUUAUACAUAUUAAAAAAAGAAACAUGGUUUCCCUCAGCGCCGCGCUCAAGCUGUUUCAGAAGCAGACGUACUCGUGCCUGUCCCAUCGAAGCGGCAUGUAUCUGUGCUUCGGUGGCUUCGUGCUGGUGCUCGUGUCGGCGCUGCAGUUCGGCGAGGUUGCGCUGGAGUGGAGCCAGGACCGGUACCAUGCCCUCUUCAACUCGUACCACGAUAACAUCGGCUACCGCAGCUUCCAGAGCCGGCUGUGUCUGCCCAUGCCCAUGGACGUGGUGUACACGUGGGUGAACGGCUCAGAUCCCAAGAUGAUGGCCGAUCUGAUCGCGGUGCGCGAGAGAAUGCAGAAAGAGCAGCAGGAAACCCGCCUGAGACUCGGACUCAACGCGACCGAGGAACCCACUAGCGUCCGCCGCUCCGAGUGCUCCCUGCGCGGCUGCGUGCGCUCCCCGCUGCUCGUCGCCGACCCGGCGUUCCCGGCGCCGCUGGAGGAGCUGCGGAGCCUCCGCCCGGCGUUUGCCGGCGCCGUGCGUCUCCUCCGCUUGGUGGCUCCCGCCGGCGGCGGCGGCGGCGGCGACGGCCAGGCGCGCAACGUCUCCGUGCUGGCGUUCCCGUCGCUGGAUGCCGCGGAACGCGCCAUCGCCGCGGACGCUCAGGCGAACUCGAGCGCCCGUCCCGGCGUCCGUCAGGGAUACCUGACGAGCGAGAGCGACGCUCAGGGCUCCGUGGUGGUGGUGGAUGCCGCGGUACUCAGCGGCUUUCCUCCGUCGCUCAAGGAGGCCGAGCAGCUCCGUGGGAAACUCACUCCCGGCGCCCGCUCGCUCAUCGUGCAGCUGCAGCUGCUGGCGGAGGGCGGCGUGGCGAUCGCGUGGCUGCGCUCCCCGGCCGAUCUCGCGGAGCUGGAGCGUCUGGCCGCGCGGAGGAACCUGACGGUGGACGGCGGAGCCUCCGUCGGCGUCGCGCCGGCGCGGCUCGUGUGGCAGCCCAGCAGCUUGGGCCAGACGAGGAAGGACGAAGACGCGUCGUCGAGCCGCUUUGCGGACAACGAGGAGCUGCGCUACUCGCUGCGGGCGCUGGAGCGCCACGCGCCGUGGGUGCGCCGAGUGUUCAUCGUGACGAGCGGGCAGAUCCCCGCCUGGCUCAACCUGGACAACCCGCGGGUCACCCUCGUCACGCACCACGAGAUCUUCCCCAACGUGAGCCACCUGCCCACGUUCAGCUCGCCCGCCAUCGAGGCUCACCUGCACCGCAUCCCGGGCCUGUCGCGUCACUUUGUCUACCUCAACGACGACGUCAUGUUCGGACGCGACGUCUGGCCAGACGACUUCUACACACACGCCAAGGGGCAGAAGGUGUACCUGGCGUGGCCCGUGCCCAACUGUGCAGACGGCUGCCCCCCGUCGUGGGUGAGGGACGGGUACUGCGACAAGGCCUGCAACAACUCGGCCUGCGACUGGGACGGGGGCGACUGCCAAGGCACCGGCGGCAUCGGCGGUCGCGCUCCCGGCGGCGCCGGGGGCGGCCCCGGCGGGGCUGGCGGCGGGGCCGGCUGGCACGGGGGCGGCGGCUGGGGCGGCGCGCCGCUGUCGCCCGCCGCCUACUGUAGCGCCGGCUGCGCGAACUCGUGGCUCGCCGACAAGUUCUGCGACCACGCGUGCAACGUGCUGGUCUGCGGUUUCGACGCCGGCGACUGCGGGGAAGACAACUUGGACAAGCUGCACCGCGUCGAGCUGCUGCCCAACGUGACGCGCUACUCGUUGCCGCGCGGGGAGACGCUCGCGGUCCUCUCCUUCUCCCGCGUGGCGCGGCGCGUCGCCGACGCGUGGCUCUCCGCGUCGCCGGCGCCGCGGGCCGGCGCCGCGGCCGCCCCCGGCGAGACGGUGCGCCACGCCUCCGUCGCCAACAAGUGGCGCACGCUCCACCUGCUGCUCCACUCGGACGCCAACGCCACCACGCUGCGGUUCAACCUCACGUGCGAGCCGUGGGCCGCCGGCGGCGCCGCGGCUACCGUUGCCGCCGGCGGCGCUGCCGGCGGCGGUGCCGGCGGCGGUGCCGGCGGUCGAUUCACGCUGGUCUUCUCGCUCGGCGUGGACCCGCGGCCAGCCGGGCAGGGGGGAGGCGACGGCGCCGCAGGAGGCAAUGGGAGCAGCGCCGGUGCCGCCGCCGGCGCCGCCGCCGGCGCCGCCGGUGCCGCCGGUGCUGGGAACGCCUCCUCGCCCGUGGCCCCUGCGCGUGACGCGGCGCCGCCCUUUGAGGACGUCCCGGAGGCCGCGAGGGCCCCGCGAAUCGAUCGCCACCCCGUGCCGUCCGUGCCGCCCGCCCUGCGACUCCCCGUCGCCUCCCCGUUCCUGGGUAACGAGUCUUCGUCACUGCCGGAGGACGUGCGGCUGCGGCUGCUGCGGCUGUGGGAGGCGGCGCGCUCCGGGGAACUCACCUGGAAGGGAUACUGGCUCCGUCGCUCGCAGCUACUGCCGCCGCCAUCGUCAUCGUCGCUGCCGGCCGUGGGAGGAGGAGGAGGAGGUGGAGGAGGGAGUAGAGGAGGAGGAGGCGGAAGAAUAGCGGUAAAAGGAAAAGAAGCAGCUGGAGGAGAAGGAGGAGGAGGAGUAGAAAGAGGAGGAGGAGAAAGAAGAGCAGCUGGAGGAGGAGGAGCACGUGGAGCAGAAAGAGGAGGGGGAGGAGAAAGAGGAGCAGGUGGAGGAGGAGCUGCUGAUGAUGCUGCUGAUGCUGCUGAUGCUGCUGAUGCUGCUGCUGAUGCUGCUCCUGAUGCUGCUGCUGAUGCUGCUCCUGAUGCUGCUGCUGCGGCUGCACAUAAAGGCCUUCACUUAAGAAGACCGCUGAGCUGGAACGGGAAUUUGAACGGUGAUGGGAACGUCAGGUUGCGAAUGGGGAAUGAGGCUGAGUUUGGGAACGAGGUGGGGAGAGGGGCAAGGCUCUGGGACGGGGACGCGGAGGCAAAGUGGAGCUACCCCGGAUUCCUCCCUUGGGAAAAGCGCGGCUACUUCAGAGACAUCCAGGAGGAGGAGCGACGUCUGGCGUCGGCCGAGGCGUACCGCGGCCACGGCCGUGCCGGCGGUGCCGCCGGCGGCCGCCACCUCCUGGACACGUUUGGCGACUCCCUGCGCUUCGUCAACAAGCUGCUGAACCGCCAGUUCGGCAUCGCCACGCGCAAAGUGCCGGCGCACAUGCCCCACAUGGUGGACCGCCAGGUCAUGGACGCCCUGCAGAGCACCUUCCCGCGUGAGUUCGAGGCGACGUCGUCGCACGGCAUCCGCCACCCGGAGGACAUGCAGUUCGCCUUCUCCUACUUCUACUUCGUGAUGGGGGCUCGCGAGGAGCUCGGCGUGGCACACGCCUUCACAGAGCUCGACACCGACGCCUCGGGCGUGCUCUCCGACCGCGAGCUGCGCACCCUCGCCACGCGCGUGCACGCCCUGCCGCUCAGCCUGCAGGACCUGACCAACAUGGAGCAGACGCUCAUCAACUGCUCCCGCUCGCUGCCCUCCAACGUCACCGCCCUGCGACCGCCCCAGCCCACGCCCGAGGUCUACUACACCGCCGACAUGCCUCCGGUGACGCUCGCGCUGGUGAAGAACUGCGAGCCGCUUGUGAAGCUCAUCAGGAACGGAUUCAAGGACAGGAACAAGUACAAGUUCGAGGUGAUGGGAGAAGAGGACAUCGCUUUCAAGAUGAUCCGGACAAACGUCUCGCACGUAGUCGGCCAGCUUGACGACAUUCGCAAGAACCCCCGGAAGUUCAUCUGCCUCAACGACAACAUCGACCACUCGCACCGUGACGCCGCCACGGUCAAGGCGGUGCUGCGCGACUUCUACGAGUCGCUCUUCCCCGCGCCCUCCCAGUUCGAGCUGCCGCGGGAGUUCCGCAACCGCUUCCUGCACGUGCCCGAGCUCCUCGCCUGGAGGGAAUUCCGUGACCGCCUCAAGUUCUGGACUCACUGCAUCCUGGCGUCGCUCAUCAUCUUCAGCCUCGCCUCCUUCUGCUCCGACCAGCUGCUGUCGCUUCGCCGACGCUACUUGCCGAGGAGGAGGGAGGGCGUCGGGAUCGGGGUGUGAUCCGCCUGGCGGGGGACGCGAUGACGUCACCGCCGGACGCGAUGACGUCACGGCCAGAAGCGAUGUCACCGCCAGACGCGAUGAUGUCACCGCCAAACGUGCUGAUGAUGUCACCGCCAGACGCUAUGAUGUCACCGCCAGACGCGAUGUCACAGCCAGAAGCCAGAAGCGAUGUCACCACCAGACGCGAUGAUGUCACAGCCAGACAUGAUGUCACAGCCAGACUUGAUGUCACAAGCAAACGUGAUGUCACCACCAGAUGUGAUGAUGUCACAAGCAGACGCGAUGAUGUCACACCAGACGCGAUGUCAACACAAAAUGCGAUGAUGUCACAACCAGACGGUAAUGAGGUGGUGGAGAUGGUGGAGGUCAGAAUCAAUACUUAUAUUGGAGGAAUCUUAUGAGCUGUAAAGCUCUUUUUAAAAGAGUCCUACUAGGGGCAGGUGAGAGUUUCAACAAUACAAAAGCACAAUGGGAGUGCAAAGUAUAUGAAAGGUAAGCAAAUGACCAAAUUGUUUAACUUUAUUUCACCAGGUAUAGCCCACUGAGCUGUUAUCUUCUUUUUCAGAAGCAACCUGGCCACAAAUGAUAGCUCUGG